AAUUGCGAUGGAGCACUGAAACCUCAGACCUUGACCGGAGUCAGAUCGAGCUCGAAAUCAGAGAGAGAGAGAGAGAGAGAGAGAGAGGGGCAAAGCAAUGGAGAAGAAGCAGAGCAAACCAAUGGAGCUGUUAAACACGAUGGUAUCAGAGCCAUACUAUCUGCUCCAUUUCUUGGCUUUUUUCUCCUACCUCGUCAUCCGUACCUCCGCCUCCCACGUCCUCUCCGCCCACAUCACCGAUCACCUCCUCCACCGAGAAAUUCAAGCAGCUUUGACAUUUGGGCUCUUGACUGCAAUCAAGAUGGUGAGGGAAGAAACUUGGGAAGGAUUUAUCGCUGAUUCACUCUUUUUUGCUAAGAUUUUUCUUAUCGGUCUCACUUUAAUUCUGGACCUGCACUUGACUCUCUGGUAUGUUGUGGUGUUUACAGUGAUAUAUAUUUUCACACAACAACCUGCCUUUCAAAAAUUAGGUACUUCUAGUAAAUUGACACCGUUGCAGUUAGAAAGUUUGCUGACUGAAGGGAGCACAUCGAAACAUUGGCUGAUUGAAUUUCGUGCUUCUUACUCUCCUGCUUGCAUCCGCACAAGUCGGUGCUUUCCUGAGCUUUCAAUUACAUAUUCCAACAAAAAUUUCUCUUUUGGAAUAGUUGAUCUCGGACUCUUCCCAAACACUGCAGAGUAUUUUGGAAUAUCCCUUUCUGGGAGCAUGGGACAACUUCCUACCUAUGUCUUAUUCACGAAUGGAGCUGAAGUUGCACGCUAUCCACAACUAGAAUCUCAAGCAAAAGCAUUUCGUGAUCCCAUAACUAAGAGAUUUCUUUCGGGGUACUUUAAGCUCGACAGGCACCUUCUUGAGUAUAUAAACGGUAAAUAGGUAUUUGAUAUUGAUCCAUACUAUAUACUUUUCAUUCUUCAGUGCUUCCAAUUUUGAUUCCACUUGUAUGUUAACAAGAACUUGUACUAAUUACGUUUAAACUUUUUCCUCCAUUUCACAUGGAAGAUGAGAUUUUGAGCAAACAUGAUUAAAAACAAAAGAGAAAAAUUUACAUUUUUGCUUGA